GGUGAAAAGAAAAUGAAAAUGAGAAAACGUGAGAGUUGUUUAGCUUCAACUUUUGUUGUUCUUGUUGUUGUUUGCAGUUUGUAUGUGAAAACAAUCAAAGGAGAGUACGUGAAGUACAAUACCGGAGCUGGGAUUGCUCCUGGGAAACUGAACGUUCAUUUGGUCCCACAUUCGCAUGAUGAUGUUGGCUGGUUGAAGACUAUUGAUCAGUACUAUGUUGGAUCAAACAACAGCAUUCAGGGUGCUUGUGUUCAGAAUGUGCUGGAUUCAGUUAUUGAAGCAUUGCUUCGUAACUCAAAUAGGAAGUUUGUGUUUGCUGAGAUGGCCUUUUUCCAAAGAUGGUGGACAGAACAAAGUCUGGAAAUACAAGAACAAGUCAAAAAACUUGUAGAUGCUGGCCGAUUGGAAUUCAUUAAUGGUGGUUGGUGUAUGCAUGAUGAAGCCACAGCCCAUUAUAUAGACAUGAUUGAUCAAACAACUUUAGGUCAUCGUGUAAUAAAGGAGCAAUUCAACAAGGUUCCUCGUGUUGGAUGGCAAAUUGAUCCUUUUGGUCAUUCUGCUGUGCAAGGUUACCUAUUUGGUGCUGAGCUAGGUUUUGAUUCAAUGCACUUUGCAAGAGUAGAUUAUCAGGAUAGAGCACAAAGGAAGAAUGACAAAACUCUGGAGGUUAUAUGGCGUGGGUCCAAAACUUUUGGUUCUUCAGCCCAGAUUUUUGCCAAUGCUUUUCCUGUUCAUUAUAGUCCUCCUAAUGGUUUUGAAUUCGAAGUGGAUGAUGACGGUGUGCCUGUCCAGGAUAAUCCUCUUCUAUUUGAUUACAAUGUUGAACAGCGGGUUAAUGAUUUUAUUAAUGCUGCGAUGACCCAAGCAAAUGUGACUAGGACAAACCAUAUCAUGUGGACAAUGGGAGAUGAUUUCCAGUACCAAUUUGCUGAGUCCUGGUUCAGGCAGAUGGACAAAUUAAUUCACUAUGUUAACAAGGAUGGCCGAGUGAAUGCCUUGUAUUCUACACCAUCCAUCUAUACUGAUGCAAAAAAUGCUGCAAAUGAAUCAUGGCCACGUAAAACUGAUGACUAUUUUCCUUAUGCAGACAGCCAAAAUGCUUAUUGGACUGGAUAUUUCACAAGUCGGCCAGCCUUGAAAAGAUUUGUUCGGAUGCUUAGUGGAUAUUAUUUGGCAGCAAGACAACUUGAAUUCUUGGUGGGAAAGAGAUCAAAUGGUCCCAAUACUUUCGGUUUGGGAGAUGCUCUAGGUAUUGUACAGCACCAUGAUGCCAUCACUGGUACUGCCAAACAGCAUACAACAAAUGACUACUCAAAACGCCUUUCGAUAGGAGUCACUGAGGCUGAAGCUGUUGUAUCUACUGCUCUCUCAUGCCUAACUAAGAAAAAUUCUGGACCUAAAUGCGAAGAAUCUGCAUUGACAUUUAGCCAGUGCCAAUUAGUCAACAUCAGUUACUGUCCACCAACAGAGAAGGAUACUCCCGAAGGGAAGAGCUUGGUGGUGGUGGCAUAUAAUCCUCUUGCAUGGAAUCGUACUGAAACUAUUAGAAUACCAGUUAAUCAUGCCGAUCGUGUUGUCCAAGAUUCCUCUGGAAAUAACAUCGACACACAAUAUUUAGAUUUGGAUAAUGUUACAAGAAAUGUAAGGGACUUUUAUACAAAGGCUUACUUGGGACUGUCAUCGGAUAUGGUUCCUAAGUACUGGCUACUUUUUCAAGCAUCUGUACCACCACUUGGUUGGAAUACUUACUUCAUUUCUAAGGGAGCUAUGGCUUUUUAUUACAAUGGUGUAGGACGAGGCAGAGUCGGAAUUAUCUCAGCAACAACCACUCCAGAAAAUGAGAAAUUUGAAAUCGGAAAUGGAAAUCUAAAGAUGUCUUUUUCUACAAGUUCUGGACAACUCCAACGAAUGUAUAAUUCUAGAACAGGAGUUGAUGUACCAGUGCAGCAAAGCUACCUCUGGUAUGGUUCAAGCACUGGUGAUGCUGAUCCCCAGGCAUCUGGUGCAUAUAUAUUCCGGCCUAAUGGGGCACCUCCAACUGUUGUUUCAAGAUCAGUGCCCUUAAAGGUCAUUCGUGGACCCCUAGUUGAUGAGGUACACCAACAGUUUAAUGAAUGGAUCUACCAGGUCACCAGACUUUACAAAGACAAAGAGCACGCUGAAAUCGAGUUCACUAUUGGUCCAAUUCCCUUGGAUGAUGGUGUUGGAAAAGAGGUUAUUACUCGGAUGACAGCAAAUAUGGUUACAGACAAGGUGUUUUAUACUGAUUCUAAUGGGAGAGACUUUCUAAAGCGGGUUCGAGACUUCAGAGAAGAUUGGAACCUUACAGUUACUCAACCUGUAGCGGGAAAUUAUUAUCCAAUUAACCUUGGAAUUUAUACUAUGGAUAAGAAAUCUGAAUUCUCUGUAUUGGUUGAUCGCGCCACCGGAGGAUCAAGCAUUAAAGAUGGAGAAGUAGAAUUAAUGCUUCACAGACGGAUGCUCAAGGAUGAUUCCAGAGGAGUGGGUGAAGCCCUUGAUGAAAGCAUGUGUGUAGGAAGCAAAUGCGAGGGACUGACGAUUCGAGGGAAUUACUAUGUUAGCAUCAACCAGAUAGGGGAAGGUGCCCGUUGGCGUCGAACAACUGGUCAACAAGUUUACUCACGUCUUCUUUUAGCUUUCACACAUGAGAAAAUAGAGACCUGGACGGCAUCUCAUUUGACAAAAGCAACUGCCAUGGAUCCAGGGUACAGCUUGCCGCUCAAUGUCGCUUUAAUUACUCUUCAGGAAAUGGAUGAUGGAAGUGUUCUUCUCCGUUUGGCACAUCUGUAUGAAGUGGGUGAAGAUGCUACCUAUUCAACUCUAGCUAAAGUUGAACUAAAGAAGAUGUUCAAUGGAAGAAUGAUAAAGGAAGUGAAAGAAACGAGCUUGACAACAAACCAAGUGAAGUCAGAGAUGAGGAAAUUGUCAUGGAAAGUAGAAGGCGACAAUGGAAAUGAACCCUCCCCUGUUAGAGGAGGCCCUAUUAAUACUUCAACUCUUGUCGUCGAGCUUGGUCCCAUGGAGAUCCGCACUUUCCUGUUGAUCUUUUAAUCAAUUUUUUACUAAACUAAGAAAUA